AUGAUCACCUUGCGGCUGAAGGGGCUCAAGUUGGCUGCCAUGGCCUUCUGUAGCACUCAGUAUGCUUCAGGCGUCGCCUGCAUUUGCUUCGUUGCAGUGCUUUGGACCUUCGCCACAGUGCUGAAGCAACUCAUUUUCAGCGAUCUGAAUUACAAUGAGCCGUUGGUCCUGACCUAUGUCUGCAACGCUUGCUACGCGGUGCACUUCCCCUUGCACGGUCUCCUUCGAAUGACAAAAGUGGUUUCUCCCAUCCCCUGGAGAAGGGCUGAAGCUGAGGGAAGUGUCAAGAACGGGGAGGUGCGAGAAGCCAUGCGGGGCGGACUGAUCAUCGCACCGUUGUGGUUCGCGGCACAAUGGACCUACUCCGCUGGAGUGGCCUCCACGUCCGUGACGGCCUCCACGGUGAUCUCGACCACGUCCGUGGUUUGGACACUACUUGCGAGCAUUCUGUUCCUCAAAGAGAAAGUCACCGUUGUGAAGGUGCUGGGAAUUAUUUGCUGUAUGGCUGGGAAUGCAGCGACACUGCUUGGGAGCGACAAGCCCGAUCAAAAGGGACAAUUUUCGGGGGACCUGUUGUGCAUCGUUGCAGCCAUGCUCUAUGCGGCCUACACCACGGUCCUGAGCCGUAUUGUGCAACCAGACUUCUCCAUGGCUAUUUUGUUUGGCGUCAUUGGCGUUGCCAUCUUGGUGAUCGGGGCGCCCCUGGUCUUUAGCCUGAAACAAGAGGCCCUUCGGAGGAUGACGCCUGAGAUAUUCGGGCUUUUAAUAUUCAAUGGAAUUUUCGACAAUGUCCUAAGCCAAUUCUGCUGGGCGAAAGCGGUUCAAUGGACCUCUCCAACCACUGCCACAGUCGGGCUCAGCUUGACCAUCCCCUUAAGUAUCCUGGCAGACCUGGUGCGCCAGAAACACCUUACGCCUUGGACGUAUUUGGCGGCACUGCUGGUACUCUCAGGCUUUGUCGCUGCUGUGGCCAAACUAGAGAGAGAGCUCCUGGAAAAGGAGGAUGAACUGAACGAAAUCAGGCUCUUGAUAUCCACGUGUUGCUUGGGAAAGCAGAUACUGGUCCAACAGAAGUGGUUCGACAUGGCCAUCCAUGAGAAGGAUUCGACAAGGCUGGGCGGAUGGAUUUUUGGAGAUGAAGCAGACAAGUCCCAGAUCGUGACGAAGGCCCGACGCUUGCAACUGGGCAACCGCAUUGCCUGCCUCAUUGAAGGUGAAGAAGAUGUGGCCUCCAAGGAGUCGGCGUUUUGGGCCUUUGGCGCCGACGUCUUCAAGCUCACCUUCCGGACGCGGCGCCGGGACGCCCUGUGGUUCCCCAAGUCGGUGAUCGCCGAGGGGCGCAACGCGCUCUUCGCGGCCGCGGCGCUGUGGGAGCUUCAGUUGGGACAACGUUACCUUUAUUAUGUCUUUGUGGACGCUGAUGCUGAUGUGGAUGAUUGGACGGCGGGCUGGCAAGAUUUCGUUGAUUUCCUUUUCGACUGGGAACCUGCAGUGGGUCUGCCGGAGUUGUUCGACUACAGCCAAGUUUUGGGCGAGUAUCGACAGUCCGAUUCGUCUGAUGUGCGCAGUGUCCUUAACUUUGACCAUACGGUCGUUGCUGUGCACUCGGAUGCAUCCCACUGGCUGCUGCCAUAUGUCAUCGAUCUUGAUGAUGAUUGCCAAUGGGUCUCCCAAUGGAGAUUUUCCUCCCUGGCCAAUGCAUUAUUUCCGGAGAAUACGCUGUUGACGCACAAGCUGGUUGUGAAGAAUCCGCACCAUGCGUCCUACAGCAAAUCUAGGUGUUUGGAGCUCAUGCUGAGCGUGACCGACGAGCUUCGAGAAGAUACAGACUUCAAGAGCUGUUUUGCUUUGGUGGUGGAUGGCAUGCCGCGUUUAACGGCGUACUUGCCCUGGUUUUCUCCCCGGAAGCGGGACACCCAAAUGAACUACAGCGAGCCGCCACAGAUGAAGAGCUGUGACCAGGAGCCAGUGGUCCAGGCCAGGCCUUUUGUCUUCACCGCCUGGCUGAAGCUUGCGAACCUCUUGGCCGUGGCCGCGGCAACACGAGAGGACUUGGUGGUCUCCCAUGUGGCCCUGACGGUGGCCGGGCGGCUCCUGUGGUGUGCUGGUGGGGUGAAGGGCAGCGAGAUCAACCCGGAGGAUGGGGGACACCUCGGGAUGACGGCAGGGUUGGAGCUGCUUUCUUGUAGAGAAGAUGCAAAAACAUGUUUCUCAACAAGAGGCACGACAAUACCAUGGCCUUCCAUUGGCCUGUGCAAUGAUCAUUUUGGAGGGUUUAGUAGAUCAUCCGCCUCCUACCUGUUGAUGGAAGAAAUCUUACACCUGGGUCACUGCAGUCUUGGAAAGCUCGACCUGUCACGGAUCGGGCAGCCUCUUUAG